CUUCUCAGAUCCGCAUCCGGCUCCUCCCCCGGCUGCCACCCUUCCCACUGGCAGAAUCCAGAGCGAAGUUUCUGCUUCCUGCUGCGGGAAUCGGACGCCCCAGGUCAGGCACCCAGGGUUUCCAGCCCCAGUCUAAGGCAUAUACAAGCUGAGUUUCAGCCAUGGAAAAACUCCAUGGGCAUGUGUCUGCCCAUCCAGACAUCCUCUCCUUGGAGAACCGGUGCCUGGCUAUGCUCCCUGACUUACAGCCCUUGGAGAAACUACAUCAGCAUGUAUCUACCCACUCAGAUAUCCUCUCCUUGAAGAACCAGUGCCUAGCCACGCUUCCUGACCUGAAGACCAUGGAAAAACCACAUGGAUAUGUGUCUGCCCACCCAGACAUCCUCUCCUUGGAGAACCGGUGCCUGGCCACACUUUCUGACCUGAAGACCAUGGAGAAACCACAUGGACAUGUUUCUGCCCACCCAGACAUCCUCUCCUUGGAGAACCGGUGCCUGGCCACCCUCCCUAGUCUAAAGAGCACUGUGUCUGCCAGCCCCUUGUUCCAGAGUCUACAGAUAUCUCACAUGACACAAGCUGAUUUGUACCGUGUGAACAACAGCAAUUGCCUGCUCUCUCAGCCUCCAAGUUGGAGGGCUCAGCAUUUCUCUAAGGGACUAGACCUUUCAACCUGCCCUAUAGCCCUGAAAUCCAUCUCUGCCACAGAGACAGCUCAGGAAGCAACUUUGGGUCGUUGGUUUGAUUCAGAAGAGAAGAAAGGGGCAGAGACCCAAAUGCCUUCUUAUAGUCUGAGCUUGGGAGAGGAGGAGGAGGUGGAGGAUCUGGCUGUGAAGCUCACCUCUGGAGACUCUGAAUCUCAUCCAGAGCCUACUGACCGUGUCCUUCAGGAAAAGAAGAUGGCUCUACUGAGCUUGCUGUGCUCUACUCUGGUCUCAGAAGUAAACGUGAACAAUACAUCUGACCCCACCCUGGCUGCCAUUUUUGAAAUCUGUCGUGAACUUGCCCUCCUGGAGCCUGAGUUUAUCCUCAAGGCAUCUUUGUAUGCCAGGCAGCAGCUGAACGUCCGGAAUGUGGCCAAUAAAAUCUUGGCCAUUGCUGCCUUCUUGCCGGCGUGUCGCCCCCACCUGCGACGAUAUUUCUGUGCCAUUGUCCAGCUGCCUUCUGACUGGAUCCAGGUGGCUGAGCUUUACCAGAGCCUGGCUGAGGGAGAUAAGAAUAAGCUGGUGCCCCUGCCCGCCUGUCUCCGUACUGCCAUGACGGACAAAUUUGCCCAGUUUGACGAGUACCAGCUGGCUAAGUACAACCCUCGGAAGCACCGGGCCAAGAGACACCCCCACCGGCCACCCCGCUCUCCAAGGAUGGAGCCUCCAUUUUCUCACAGACGUUUUCCAAGGCACAUAGGGUUUCUUAGAGAAGAGCAGAGAAAGUUUGAGAAGGCCGGUGAUACAGUGUCAGAGAAAAAGAAUCCUCCAAGGUUCACCCUGAAGAAGCUGGUUCAGCGACUGCACAUCCACAAGCCUGCCCAGCACGUUCAAGCCCUGCUGGGUUACAGAUACCCCUCCAACCUACAGCUCUUUUCUCGAAGUCGCCUUCCUGGGCCUUGGGAUUCUAGCAGAGCUGGGAAGAGGAUGAAGCUGUCUAGGCCAGAGACCUGGGAGCGGGAGCUGAGCCUACGGGGGAACAAAGCGUCGGUCUGGGAGGAACUCAUUGAAAAUGGGAAGCUUCCCUUCAUGGCCAUGCUUCGGAACCUGUGCAACCUGCUGCGGGUUGGAAUCAGUUCCCGCCACCAUGAGCUCAUUCUCCAGAGACUCCAGCAUGCGAAGUCAGUGAUCCACAGUCGGCAGUUUCCAUUCAGAUUUCUUAACGCCCAUGAUGCCAUUGAUGCCCUUGAGGCUCAACUCAGAAAUCACGCAUUGCCCUUUCCUUCGAAUAUAACACUGAUGAGGCGGAUACUAACUAGAAAUGAAAAGAACCGUCCCAGGCGGAGGUUUCUUUACCACCUAAGCCGUCAGCAGCUUCGGAUGGCAAUGAGGAUACCUGUGUUGUAUGAGCAGCUCAAGAGGGAGAAGCUGAGAGUACACAAGGCCAGACAGUGGAAAUAUGAUGGUGAGAUGCUGAACAGGUACCGACAGGCCCUAGAGACAGCUAUGAAUCUCUCUGUGAAGCACAGCCUGCCCCUGCUGCCAGGCCGCACUGUCUUGGUCUAUCUGAUAGAUGCUAAUGCAGACAGGCUCUGUCCAAAGAGCAACCCACAAGGGCCCCCGCUGAACUAUGCGCUGCUGUUGAUUGGGAUGAUGAUCACGAGGGCGGAGCAGGUGGAUGUCGUGCUGUGUGGAGGUGACACUCUGAAGACUGCAGUGCUUAAGGCAGAAGAAGGCAUCCUGAAGACUGCCAUCAAGCUCCAGGCUCAAGUCCAGGAGUUUGAUGAAAAUGAUGGAUGGUCCCUGAAUACUUUUGGGAAAUACCUGCUGUCUCUGGCUGGCCAAAGGGUUCCUGUGGACAGGGUCAUCCUCCUUGGCCAAAGCAUGGAUGAUGGAAUGAUAAAUGUGGCCAAACAGCUUUACUGGCAGCGUGUGAAUUCCAAGUGCCUCUUUGUUGGUAUCCUCCUAAGAAGGGUACAAUACCUGUCAACAGAUUUGAAUCCCAAUGAUGUGACACUCUCAGGCUGUACUGAUGCGAUACUGAAGUUCAUUGCAGAGCAUGGGGCCUCCCAUCUUCUGGAACAUGUGGGCCAAAUGGACAAAAUAUUCAAGAUUCCACCACCCCCAGGAAAGACAGGGGUCCAGUCUCUCCGGCCACUGGAAGAGGACACUCCAAGCCCCUUGGCUUCUAUUUCCCAGCAAGGAUGGCGCAGCAUCCGGCUUUUCAUUUCAUCCACUUUCCGAGACAUGCACGGGGAGCGGGACCUGCUGCUGAGGUCUGUGCUGCCAGCACUGCAGGCCCGAGCGGCCCCUCACCGUAUCAGCCUUCACGGAAUCGACCUCCGCUGGGGCGUCACUGAGGAGGAGACCCGCAGGAACAGACAACUGGAAGUAUGCCUUGGGGAGGUGGAGAACGCACAGCUGUUUGUGGGGAUUCUGGGCUCUCGUUAUGGAUACGUUCCCCCCAGCUACAACCUUCCUGACCAUCCACACUUCCACUGGGCCCAGCAGUACCCUUCAGGGCGCUCUGUGACAGAGAUGGAGGUGAUGCAGUUCCUGAACCGGAACCAAUGUCUGCAGCCCUCUGCCCAAGCUCUCAUCUACUUCCGGGAUUCCAGCUUCCUCAGCUCUGUGCCAGAUGCCUGGAAAUCUGACUUUGUUUCUGAGUCUGAAGAGGCCGCAUGUCGGAUCUCAGAACUGAAGAGCUACCUAAGCAGACAGAAAGGGAUCACCUGCCGCAGAUACCCCUGUGAGUGGGGGGGUGUGGCAGCUGGCCGGCCCUAUGUUGGCGGGCUGGAGGAGUUUGGGCAGUUGGUUCUGCAGGAUGUAUGGAAUAUGAUCCAGAAGCUCUACCUGCAGCCUGGGGCCCUGCUGGAGCAGCCAGUGUCCAUCCCAGACGAUGACUUGGUCCAGGCCACCUUCCAGCAGCUGCAGAAGCCACCGAGUCCUGCCCGGCCACGCCUUCUUCAGGACACAGUGCAACAGCUGAUGCUGCACCACGGGAGGCUGAGCCUGGUGACGGGGCAGUCAGGACAGGGCAAGACAGCCUUCCUGGCAUCUCUUGUGUCAGCCCUGCAGGCUCCUGAUGGGGCCAAGGUGGCACCAUUAGUCUUCUUCCACUUUUCUGGGGCUCGUCCUGACCAGGGUCUUGCCCUCACUCUGCUCAGACGCCUCUGUACCUAUCUGCGUGGCCAACUAAAAGAGCCAGGUGCCCUCCCCAGCACCUACCAAAGCCUGGUGUGGGAGCUGCAGCAGAGGCUGCUGCCCAAGUCUGCUGAGUCCCUGCAUCCUGGCCAGACCCAGGUCCUGAUCAUCGAUGGGGCUGAUAGGUUAGUGGACCAGAAUGGGCAGCUGAUUUCAGACUGGAUCCCAAAGAAGCUUCCCCGGUGUGUACACCUGGUGCUGAGUGUGUCUAGUGAUGCUGGCCUAGGGGAGACCCUUGAGCAGAGCCAGGGUGCCCACGUGCUGGCCUUGGGGCCUCUGGAGGCCUCUGCUCGGGCCCGGCUGGUGAGAGAGGAGCUGGCCCUGUACGGGAAGCGGCUGGAGGAGUCACCAUUUAACAACCAGAUGCGACUGCUGCUGGUGAAGCGGGAAUCAGGCCGGCCGCUCUACCUGCGCUUGGUCACCGAUCACCUGAGGCUCUUCACGCUGUAUGAGCAGGUGUCUGAGAGACUCCGGACCCUGCCUGCCACUGUCCCCCUGCUGCUGCAGCACAUCCUGAGCACACUGGAGAAGGAGCACGGGCCUGAUGUCCUUCCCCAGGCCUUGACUGCCCUAGAGGUCACACGGAGUGGUUUGACUGUGGACCAGCUGCACGGAGUGCUGAGUGUGUGGCGGACACUACCGAAGGGGACUAAGAGCUGGGAAGAAGCAGUGGCUGCUGGUAACAGUGGAGACCCCUACCCCAUGGGCCCGUUUGCCUACCUCGUCCAGAGUCUGCGCAGUUUGCUAGGGGAGGGCCCUCUGGAGCGCCCUGGUGCCCGGCUGUGCCUCCCUGAUGGGCCCCUGAGAACAGCAGCUAAACGUCGCUAUGGGAAGAGGCCAGGGCUAGAGGACACGGCACACAUCCUCAUUGCAGCUCAGCUCUGGAAGACAUGUGACGCUGAUGCCUCAGGCACCUUCCGAAGUUGCCCUCCUGAGGCUCUGGGAGACCUGCCUUACCACCUGCUCCAGAGCGGGAACCGUGGACUUCUUUCGAAGUUUCUUACCAACCUCCAUGUGGUGGCUGCACACUUGGAAUUGGGUCUGGUCUCUCGGCUCUUGGAGGCCCAUGCCCUCUAUGCUUCUUCAGUCCCCAAAGAGGAACAAAAGCUCCCCGAGGCUGACGUUGCAGUGUUUCACACCUUCCUGAGGCAGCAGGCUUCAAUCCUCAGCCAGUACCCCCGGCUCCUGCCCCAGCAGGCAGCCAACCAGCCCCUGGACUCACCUCUUUGCCACCAAGCCCCGCUGCUCUCCCAGAGAUGGCACCUCCAACACACACUACGAUGGCUUAAUAAACCCCAGACCAUGAAAAAUCAGCAAAGCUCCAGCCUGUCUCUGGCAGUUUCCUCAUCCCCUACUGCUGUGGCCUUCUCCACCAAUGGGCAAAGAGCAGCUGUGGGCACUGCCAAUGGGACAGUUUACCUGUUGGACCUGAGAACUUGGCAGGAGGAGAAGUCUGUGGUGAGUGGCUGUGAUGGAAUCUCUGCUUGUUUGUUCCUCUCCGAUGAUACACUCUUUCUUACUGCCUUCGACGGGCUCCUGGAGCUCUGGGACCUGCAGCAUGGUUGUCGGGUGCUGCAGACUAAGGCUCACCAGUACCAAAUCACUGGCUGCUGCCUGAGCCCAGACUGCCGGCUGCUAGCCACCGUGUGCUUGGGAGGAUGCCUAAAGCUGUGGGACACAGUCCGUGGGCAGCUGGCCUUCCAGCACACCUACCCCAAGUCCCUGAACUGUGUUGCCUUCCACCCAGAGGGGCAGGUAAUAGCCACAGGCAGCUGGGCUGGCAGCAUCAGCUUCUUCCAGGUGGAUGGGCUCAAAGUCACCAAGGACCUGGGGGCACCCGGAGCCUCUAUCCGUACCUUGGCCUUCAAUGUGCCUGGGGGGGUUGUGGCUGUGGGCCGGCUGGACAGUAUGGUGGAGCUGUGGGCCUGGCGAGAAGGGGCACGGCUGGCUGCCUUCCCUGCCCACCAUGGCUUUGUUGCUGCUGCGCUUUUCCUGCAUGCGGGUUGCCAGUUACUGACGGCUGGAGAGGAUGGCAAGGUUCAGGUGUGGUCAGGGUCUCUGGGUCGGCCCCGUGGGCACCUGGGUUCCCUUUCUCUCUCUCCUGCCCUCUCUGUGGCACUCAGCCCAGAUGGUGAUCGGGUGGCUGUUGGAUAUCGAGCGGAUGGCAUUAGGAUCUACAAAAUCUCUUCAGGUUCCCAGGGGGCUCAGGGUCAGGCACUGGAUGUGGCAGUGUCCGCCCUGGCCUGGCUAAGCCCCAAGGUGUUGGUGAGUGGUGCAGAAGAUGGGUCCUUGCAGGGCUGGGCACUCAAGGAAUGCUCCCUUCAGUCCCUCUGGCUCCUGUCCAGAUUCCAGAAGCCUGUGCUAGGACUGGCCACUUCCCAGGAGCUCUUGGCUUCUGCCUCAGAGGAUUUCACAGUGCAGCUGUGGCCAAGGCAGCUGCUGAUGCGGCCACACAAGGCAGAAGACUUUCCCUGUGGCACUGAGCUGCGGGGACAUGAGGGCCCUGUGAGCUGCUGUAGUUUCAGCACUGAUGGAGGCAGCCUGGCCACCGGGGGCCGGGAUCGGAGUCUCCUCUGCUGGGACGUGAGGACACCCAAAACCCCUGUUUUGAUCCACUCCUUCCCUGCCUGUCACCGUGACUGGGUCACUGGCUGUGCCUGGACCAAAGAUAACCUACUGAUAUCCUGCUCCAGUGAUGGCUCUGUGGGGCUCUGGGACCCAGAGUCGGGACAGCGGCUUGGUCAGUUCCUGGGUCAUCAGAGUGCUGUGAGCGCUGUGGCAGCUGUGGAGGAGCACGUGGUGUCUGUGAGCCGGGAUGGGACCUUGAAAGUGUGGGACCAUCAAGGCGUGGAGCUGACCAGCAUCCCUGCUCACUCAGGACCCAUUAGCCACUGUGCAGCUGCCAUGGAGCCCCGUGCAGCUGGACAGCCUGGGUCAGAGCUUCUGGUGGUAACCAUCGGGCUAGAUGGGGCCACACGGUUAUGGCAUCCACUCUUGGUGUGCCAAACCCACACCCUCCUGGGACACAGUGGCCCAGUCCGUGCUGCUGCUGUUUCAGAAACCUCAGGCCUCAUGCUGACCGCCUCUGAGGAUGGUUCUGUACGGCUCUGGCAGGUUCCUAAGGAAGCAGAUGACACAUGUAUACCAAGGAGUUCUGCAGCCGUCACUGCUGUGGCUUGGGCACCAGAUGGUUCCAUGGCAGUAUCUGGAAAUCAAGCUGGGGAACUAAUCUUGUGGCAGGAAGCUAAGGCUGUGGCCACAGCACAGGCUCCAGGCCACAUUGGUGCUCUGAUCUGGUCCUCGGCACACACCUUUUUUGUCCUCAGUGCUGAUGAGAAAAUCAGCGAGUGGCAAGUGAAACUGCGGAAGGGUUCGGCACCCGGAAAUUUGAGUCUUCACCUGAACCGAAUUCUACAGGAGGACUUAGGGGUGCUGACAAGUCUGGAUUGGGCUCCUGAUGGUCACUUUCUCAUCUUGGCCAAAGCAGAUUUGAAGUUACUUUGCAUGAAGCCCGGGGAUGCUCCAUCUGAAAUCUGGAGCAACUAUACAGAAAAUCCUAUGAUAUUGUCCACCCACAAGGAGUAUGGCAUAUUUGUCCUGCAGCCCAAGGAUCCUGGAGUUCUUUCUUUCUUGAGGCAAAAGGAAUCAGGAGAAUUUGAAGAGAGGCUGAACUUUGAUAUAAACUUAGAGAAUCCUAGUAGGACCCUAAUAUCGAUAACUCAAGCCAAACCUGAAUCUGAGUCCUCAUUUUUGUGUGCCAGCUCUGAUGGGAUGCUAUGGAACCUGGCCAAAUGCAGCCCAGAAGGAGAAUGGACCACAGGUAACAUCUGGCAGAAAAAAGCAAACACUCCAGAAACCCAAACUCCAGGGACAGACCCAUCUACCUGCUGGGAAUCUGAUGCCAGCAUGGAUAGUCAUGCCAGCAUGGAUAGUGAGCCAACACCACAUCUAAAGACACGGCAGCGUAGAAAGAUUCACUCGGGCUCUGUCACAGCCCUCCAUGUGCUACCUGAGUUGCUGGUGACAGCUUCGAAGGACAGAGAUGUUAAGCUAUGGGAGAGACCCAGUAUGCAGCUGCUGGGCCUGUUCCGAUGCGAAGGGUCAGUGAGCUGCCUGGAACCUUGGCUGGGCGCUAACUCCACCCUGCAGCUUGCCGUGGGAGACGUGCAGGGCAAUGUGUACUUUCUGAACUGGGAAUGAAGAUGUGCCACUCGGGAAUAAUGAUACCCCUUGUGCUAGAGAUGCAAAGCCUGAAGACACUGGUAGCUUUUAAUAAUUAUAAAAUUAAUAAUUUCUUGAUAAUUAUAAAAAUGAAGUGUCAAAAAAUCUCAAGUGUAGGCCUGCCUGUGUUCUCAUGUGGAUUUAGAACAGGAGGAUAGUCUAUGUGUAUGUAUAUGUACAUUCUAAUGUGUGUCUCUUCUUAUUCAACAUUAAUCCUUACUAGAACCACAAGAAAGUGAAUGAAAUCUUUAGUAGGUACUCUUUUGAAACUAGGUUUUAGAAUUCUUGCAUCACUCGCGGGCCCUAGGACCCUAGGAUGCCAUUCUUGCCAGGAGGAGGAAUGAGAGUGAUGUUGGCCAACAUUCAAUUUGAACAGAGCAUGGAAGACCUUUCAGUUCAUCGGGAAAGAAUGAGGGAGGGAGAAUAAGUCAGUCAUGCAUCAGGGCAUUUAGAAAGAGCUAUGUUUCUGUCACAGAGACAGCCCUUUUCUCAGAACUACCCAGAGGAGGCCGGGCAUGGUGGCUCACGCUUGUAAUCCCAGCAAUUUGGGAGGCCGAGGUGGGCAGAUCACGAGGUCAGGAGAUCAAGACCAUCCUGGCUAACUUGGUGAAACCCUGUCUCUACUAAAAAAUACAAAAAGUUAGCCAGGUGUGGCGGCGGGCACCUGUAGUCCCAGCUACUUGGGAGGCUGAGGCAGGAGGAUGGCGUGAACCCAGGAGGCGGAGCUUGCAGUGAGCCGAGACACCACUGCACUCCAGCCUGGGCGACAGAGCGAGACUCUGUCUAAAAAAAAAAAAAAGAACUACCCAGAUGAGAGGUGAGGAGCCAAGCCAUUGAAAGCGGAACAAACCUUCUGGUUUUCCCAACUUCUGACACGACUUUCAACUUUAGUCAAUAUGGUAAUUGGCAUUCUCAGAAGAGAUCAUGAAAGUGUCUUACUCUCUCUCAAAUUGAAAUUCACAAAGAUUAAAACUAAUUGAGAGGUGGCACAAUCAUAGCCAUGAACUCUGAUUUUCUUAAGUAAAAAACCUUUUUUUUUUUUUUUUUUUUUUUUGAGACAGAGUCUGGCUCUGUCACCUAGGCUGGAGUGCAAUGGUGCAAUCUCAGCUCAGUGCAACCUCUGCUUCCUGGGUUCAAGCGAUUCUCCUGCCUUAGCCUCCCGAGUAGCUGGGAUUACAGGUGCCCACCACCACGCCCAGCUAAUUUUUGUAUUUUAGUAGAGACGAAGUUUCACCAUGUUGGCCAGGUGGGUCUCAAACUCCUGACCUCAGGUUAUCUGCACACCUCAGCCUCUUAAAGUUCUGGGAUUACAGGCGUGAGCCAUUGUGCCCGGCCCAAUAAAAGAACUUUAUUAUAUUUCUAAAAUUCAAUCAUAUGGAAGAAUCUAUUGAGCAGGUUAGCCUUUGCUUAACUUUCCUCCUCUCUGUUACUCCAGCCUUAGCUGGGGUGUUUUGUAGAAUUUUCAGAGCAUGGAAGACAGAAAACUAGAGCUUCCUCCUGCCCUUGGCCCAUGCUUUUAGGAGAGCAAAAGGCAAAAGAUUGAAACCAGUGACUUUAGUUUCCUCAGGUCCUUUCUUUCUGAGGGUUAAAGAAGAAGGAAAUGUCUUCUGUGGCCAAGAAUUCAAGGAUUUGUAGGAGAUAAGUGAAGGCUAUUACAGGGAUUUUGUCCUGGUUUGGUAGGUUUCUCUUGGAGAAAUACCACUACACCCUGGUCUAGAAAUGAGCUUUGAAGACUUGGGGAGUUAAAGGGCACUGAGUUUUGCUUUCACCGUACCCUGAUUCCAGGUUUUACAUGUAGAAAUCACCUGAGGGACUUAAUUUCUAUCCAAUGCCCUGGUUUCCAUCCUGACCAAAGGAUGAUGACAUCAGCUGAUAGGCCAUGCUUCUGUCUUCUCUUAUGUGCCUCAUGCCAAGCCUCAAAAUAUACCUUCUGGACCAUCAUUUCCACAUCUACCUUGUGACUAGAAGUCCUAGUUAUGGUAUUUUGAAAUUUACGAUCCAUAAUCCUUGCCAGAAAUCCUGCAGCGAACCAUGGCAUGGCAUCAUCCUAGUCAUUGAUUUCAAUAUUUUGCCUUUUGCUCCCCUAAAAUCUUGGGCCAAUUACAGGAGGAAGCUCUAUUUGCCUGUCUUCCAUGCUCUGAAAAUUAUAUAAAAGCAUCCCAGCUAAGGCUGGAGUGAAGGGGUUGGGGAAAGUUAAGCAAAGGCUAACUUACCAAUAGGCUCAAUAGAUUCAGUCUUGUUGGCCAGGCCCACUUGAAGGGUUUUUUGUUUCAUCUUGGAGAAGGACAGUGAGGUCAUGGUAUAAUUGUUAUGAGUAAAGUCAAGAACAGCUUCUAGGUAAAAGUAAUUAUGUACCCAAAAGGAGUUGAAGGGAAAAUCAAUUUAGGUUUACAUUAAACAUCCUUCAAGUUCUUAUCUUUAAAUGGAGUUUCAGCGUCUCCCAAAGGCUGGAUGAGUUUUACAGUUACAACCACUGGAUUGUGAGACCAUAGGACAUUAGAAAAGCAUCUUUUUUAUAUACCAAAUUUUUACACAUAUAUCCACAUCUGUUUUUGAAAUCUAGAGCAGAGGUACUCAAAGUUUGGUUCAUGGACUAGUGCCAGUUCACAAAUUGUUAAUGUUUUAUAAUGAGAUAAGUACGGAAGUUGAGAGUAACCAUUUAGAAACUGUAUAGGAAUUUAAAAAGUAAUAUCUGACAAAUUUAAUAAUAAAAAUGGAGGCUUGUA